AUGACGACCAAAUCGAAGGAGAAGCCAGUCACUGAAAGGACGUCGGGGACCAGUUCAAAGGUUGGCAAAGCUGCGUCCGUGCUAGAAUCACAUGGUUUCAAGUUGGGGAAAACUCUUGGACACGGAAGUUACGCCAACGUUAUGUGGGCCCAUAGCGCUAAACACAAGAUCAAGGUAGCUGUGAAAAUUGUGUCCAAAAAAAAAGCUCCAGAAGACUAUCUGGUGAAAUUUCUUCCAAGGGAAAUCGACGUUAUCAAGAAUCUGAAACACCCGAACUUGAUCUGUUUUCUGCAGUCCAUCGAAACUACUAGUCGGGUUUAUUUGAUCAUGGAGAUGGCUGAAAACGGCGACUUGUUGGAUUAUAUUAAGUCCCACGGCGCCGUGUCAGAGACCCAGGCAGCAAUCUGGUUCCAUCAGUUAUGUAUGGGCAUAGACUACUGUCACCAUCGUGGCGUUGUGCACCGAGACCUCAAAUGCGAAAACCUCCUUCUAAAUAAAAACAAUAACCUGAAGAUUACUGACUUCGGAUUUGCGAGAGGGAGCAUGAAACCUAAAGAUGGUCGGAGAAUAUUAAGCGAAACGUAUUGCGGGAGUUAUGCGUAUGCACCGCCGGAAAUUUUACGAGGAAUGCCAUACGACCCGCAUUUCAGCGACAUCUGGAGUAUGGGGGUAAUCCUAUUCACCAUGCUAUUUGGGCAACUUCCGUUUGACGAUUCUAACCACAAAACGCUAAUGCAGCAAGUUCAGUGUCGAGUCAAGUUUCCAGCCAACAAAACAGUUUCCGAAGACUGUAAGGAUUUGAUUUGCCGAAUGUUGUCUCCUGUCAAGGAGCGCAUCACAUUGAAGGAGAUCAAACACGAUCCUUGGACCGUGCGUAUGGCACCCUAUUACCCUAAGCCAAAGACGAAGGCGGCGGCCGCUAGCCAGGAAGCUGCGUCAACAUCGACAGUCGACGGCGACGUACCAUCAGUUCAGCAAAUGAACAAACAGAAAUCUAAAUCCACCGGCGGUAAAUAA